AAACAAUGUCUUUUAACUUUUCAUCCAUCAAACUGUGGCUUUCGAAGCCAACUUCAUUCUUUGGUAUCAAAUUAUGGAUUGCAAUUCUGACUUGCAUUGUUCUUUUCUUCCUUGUCGCUGCUCUCUGCAUCACUCUUUAUAUCAUCAUAACUAGGCUACGCCGUAAAGCACAUAAUGCCUUGAAUCCGAUGGUUUCAAAAGAUGUGCACACAAAGUCUCACAAUAGUAAUUAUUCAAUGAGUAGAAGGCUAUUGCCACAUAAUGCAUGGGAGAUUGAGAUGGGCAAUGGAACCCCAGAGAAACAAGUGAUAUUCUCUAGUAAUCAAACUAAUAUGCCAGGGGCUAGAUAUCCUCAUCCUGGUGUUGCUUUUGAUGCAACUAGGUCAUGUUACCAGUUCACAUUGACAGAGAUUGAAGCAGCAACAGAUAACUUUGCUGAUGGAAACGUAGUUGCAUGUGGAGAUUAUGCCGUUGUUUAUUAUGGUAUCAUGUUUGGUAAUACUAGAGUUGCAGUAAAGCGGUUGCUCCAUAGCAGGGAUAAAGCGAAGGAAUUUACUGGGGAAGUGGAAGUAUUAUUGGGUCUCAGACACAAAAACUUGGUGAAAUUGCUUGGUUACUGUUUUGAAGGAUACUUCAGGAUUAUCGUGGACGAGCACGUAGACAAUGGCAAUCUAGGGCAGUGGCUGCAUGAUUGCAUCAGUGAAGUUAGCCCCUUAACAUGGAAUAUUCGGAUGAAAAUUGUGCUUGGAAUUGCAAAAGGGUUGGCUUACCUUCAUGAGGAUACUGAACCAGCAAUAAUCCAUCAAAACCUAAAGUCAAGUAGCAUAUUGCUUGAUAAGCAGUGGAAUCCAAAGAUAUGUGAUUUUGGUAUCACCAAACUCUUAGGUUCUGAUGAAUGGAGUUAUCCAAUAACACCCCCUACUGGAAUGUCAGGCUAUCUUGCACCAGAAUAUUUGUCCACCAAAAUUUUAGACGAUAAGACUGAUGUUUACAGCUUUGGUAUACUUAUCAUGGAGAUUGUAUCUGGAAAGCCUUCCAUAGAGUACACUAUCACAGAAAUUGAGGUCUAA